AUGGUCCACAAAGUCCUCUUCUGGAGCGGCUUCGGCCUCGUCGUCCGAUUCUGGCAACUCGGCAUCGAAAUGCGGCCCUUCUUCAACCGGGAAUCGCUCUGGGCAUACCCGGUCUACGGCGCAGUGGGGGGCAGUUUCGGGUACUGGUUGACGGGCGUCGAGAGCAGACAGUUCAAGGUUCUCAGUGACCGAAGGGACCGCUUGUUGGAGAAGAGGAAGAGGGCGGCGGAGAGGGAUCAGUUGAAUAUGGGCACGCCGGCGCAGAUUGAGGAGGAGGGCAUUCAUGCGACGCCGUAA